AUGGUGGCUGGCAUGCUCAUGCCCCUGGACCAGCUGCGGGCCAUUUACGAGGUGCUCUUCCGGGAGGGUGUGAUGGUGGCCAAGAAGGACCGGCGGCCCCGCAGCUUGCACCCCCACGUGCCCGGCGUCAGCAACCUGCAGGUCCUGCGCGCCAUGGCCUCCCUGCGGGCGCGAGGCCUGGUGCGGGAGACCUUCGCCUGGCGCCACUUUUACUGGUACCUCACCAACGAGGGCGUGGCCCACCUGCGCCAGUACCUCCACCUGCCGCCGGAGAUCGUGCCCGCCUCUCUGCAGCGGGUGCGCCGUCCCGUCGCCAUGGUGAUGCCGGCGCGCCGGGCCCCGCACGUGCAGGCUGUGCAGGGCCCCUUGGGCUGCCCGCCCAAGCGGGGGCCGCUGCCCGCAGAGGACCCUGCCCAGGAGGAGCGGCGGGUCUACCGCCGCAAGGAGCCUGAGGAAGGGGCCCCCGAGCCCCCGGUGGCGCCCGCGACCACGGCGGGGACCCUGGCGCGGCCUGGCCCGGAGCCUGCCCCAGCCACAGAUGAGCGGGACCGUGUGCAGAAGAAAACCUUCACCAAGUGGGUCAACAAGCACCUCAUCAAGGCCCAGAGGCACAUCAGCGACCUGUACGAAGAUCUCCGUGAUGGCCACAACCUCAUCUCCCUGCUGGAGGUGCUCUCAGGGGACAGCCUGCCCCGGGAGAAGGGGAGGAUGCGCUUCCACAAGCUGCAGAACGUGCAGAUCGCCCUGGACUACCUCCGCCACCGCCAGGUGAAGCUGGUGAACAUUAGGAAUGACGACAUUGCGGAUGGCAACCCCAAGCUGACCCUCGGCCUGAUCUGGACCAUCAUCCUGCACUUCCAGAUCUCGGACAUCCAGGUGAGCGGGCAGUCCGAGGACAUGACGGCCAAGGAGAAGCUGCUGCUGUGGUCCCAGCGCAUGGUGGAGGGCUACCCGGGCCUGCGCUGCGACAACUUCACCUCCAGCUGGCGCGACGGCCGCCUCUUCAACGCCAUCAUCCACCGGCACAAGCCCACGCUGGUUGACAUGAACAAGGUGUACAGUCAGGCCAACCAGGAGAACCUGGACCAGGCCUUCUCCGUGGCAGAGCGGGAGCUGGGAGUGACUCGACUCCUGGACCCUGAGGACGUGGACGUCCCUCAGCCCGACGAGAAGUCCAUCAUCACGUACGUCUCGUCCCUGUACGACGCCAUGCCCCGCGUGCCUGACGUGCAGGACGGGGUGAAGGCCAACGAGCUGCAGCUGCGCUGGCAGGAGUACCGGGAGCUGGUGCUGCUGCUGCUGCAGUGGGUCCGGCACCACACCGCCGCCUUCGAGGAGCGCAAGUUCCCUUCCAGCUUCGAGGAGAUCGAGAUCCUGUGGUGCCAGUUCUUGAAGUUUAAGGAAACAGAGCUUCCGGCCAAGGAGGCCGACAAGAACCGGUCCAAGGUCAUCUACCAGUCCCUGGAGGGAGCAGUGCAGGCAGGCCAGCUCAAGGUGCCCCCCGGCUACCACCCGCUGGACGUGGAGAAGGAGUGGGGCAAGCUGCACGUGGCCAUCCUGGAGCGGGAGAAGCAGCUCCGUAGCGAGUUUGAGAGGCUGGAGUGUCUGCAGCGCGUCGUCAGCAAACUGCAGAUGGAGGCUGGGCUGUGUGAGGAGCAGCUGAACCAGGCCGACGCCCUGCUGCAGUCGGACAUCCGGCUGCUGGCUGCAGGCAAGGUGCCGCAGCGGGCAGGCGAGGUGGAGCGGGACCUGGACAAGGCGGACGGCAUGAUCCGGCUGCUGUUCAAUGACGUCCAGACCCUGAAGGAUGGGCGGCACCCACAGGGCGAGCAGAUGUACCGCAGGGUGUACCGCCUGCACGAGCGCCUGGUGGCCAUACGCACCGAGUACAACCUCCGGCUGAAGGCAGGCGUCACCGCCCCCGGGACCCAGGUGACCCAGGUGACCCAGGUGAUGGUGCAGAGCACGCAGCGGCGCCCUGAGCUCGAGGACUCCACUCUGCGCUACCUGCAGGACCUGCUGGCCUGGGUGGAGGACAACCAGCGCCGGGUGGACAGCGCCGAGUGGGGCAUGGACCUGCCCAGCGUGGAGGCCCAGCUGGGCAGCCACCGCGGCCUGCACCAGUCCAUCGAGGAGUUCCGGGCCAAGAUCGAGCGGGCGCGGACUGACGAGGGCCAGCUCUCCCCGGCCAUCCGGGGCGCCUACCGAGACUGCCUGGGCCGGCUGGACCUGCAGUAUGCCAAGCUGCUGAACUCCUCCAAGGGCCGCCUGCGGGCCCUGGAGAGCCUGCACGGCUUUGUGGCGGCCGCCACCAAGGAGCUGAUGUGGCUGAGUGAGAAGGAGGAGGAGGAGGUGGGCUUCGACUGGAGCGAGCGCAACACCAACAUGGCCGCCAAGAAGGAGAGCUAUUCGGCCCUGAUGCGUGAGCUGGAGCUGAAGGAGAAGAAAAUCAAGGAGAUUCAGAACACCGGAGACCGGCUGCUGCGGGAGGACCACCCGGCACGGCCCACGGUGGAGUCCUUCCAGGCGGCUCUGCAGACCCAGUGGAGCUGGAUGCUACAGCUGUGCUGCUGCGUGGAGGCUCACCUGAAGGAGAACACCGCCUACUUCCAGUUCUUUUCAGACGUCCGGGAGGCUGAGGAGCAGCUGCGGAAGCUUCAGGAGACGCUGCGCAGGAAGUACACCUGUGACCGCUCCAUCACCGUCACCCGCCUCGAGGACUUGCUGCAGGACGCCCAGGACGAGAAGGACCAGCUGAAUGAGUACCGGGGGCACCUCUCAGGCCUUGCCAAGCGGGCCAAGGCCAUCGUGCAGCUGAAGCCCCGCAACCCAGCCCACCCCGUGCGGGGCCGCGUGCCGCUGCUGGCCGUGUGUGACUACAAGCAGGUGGAGGUGACUGUGCACAAGGGCGACGAGUGCCAGCUGGUGGGCCCCAUGCAGCCGUUCCACUGGAAGGUGGCCAGCAGCUCCGGCAGCGAGGCCGCUGUGCCCUCCGUGUGCUUUCUCGUGCCCCCGCCCAACCAGGAGGCCCAGGAAGCCGUCUCCAGGCUGGAGGCCCAGCACCAGACCCUGGUUACGCUGUGGCACCAGCUGCACGUGGACCUGAAGAGCCUCCUGGCUUGGCAGAGCCUCAGCCGCGACAUGCAGCUCAUCCGCUCCUGGUCCCUGGUCACGUUCCGCACGCUGAAGCCCGAGGAGCAGCGCCAGGCCUUGCGCAACCUGGAGCUGCACUACCAGGCCUUCCUGAGGGACAGCCAGGACGCCAGCAACUUCGGGCCCGAAGACCGGCUGCAGGCCGAGCGCGAGUACAGCGCCUGCAGCCACCAGUACCAGCAGCUGCUGCAGAGCCUGGAGCAGGGCGAGCAGGAGGAGUCCCGCUGUCAGCGCUGCAUCUCGGAGCUCAGGGACAUCCGGCUGCAGCUGGAGGCCUGCGAGACGCGCACGGUGCACCGCCUGCGGCUGCCGCUGGACAAGGAGCCUGCGCGGGAGUGCGCCCAGCGCAUCGCGGAGCAGCAGAAAACUCAGGCUGAGGUGGAGGGGCUGGCCCAGGGGGUCACCCGGCUCUCGGAGGAGGCCGAGAAGGUCCUGGCUCUGCCCGAGCCAUCACCUGCCGCCCCGACCCUGCGCUCAGAGCUGGAGCUGACCCUGGGCAAGCUGGAACAGGUCCGCAGCCUCUCCGCCAUUCACCUAGAGAAGCUCAAGACCAUCAGUCUGGUGAUCCGCAGCACACAGGGGGCCGAGGAGGUGCUCAGGGCCCACGAGGAGCAACUCAAGGAGGCCCAGGCUGUCCCUGCCACUCUCCCGGAGCUCGAAGCCACUAAGGCUGCACUGAAGAAGCUGCGGGCCCAGGCGGAGGCGCAGCAGCCCACGUUUGACGCCCUGCGGGAUGAGCUGCGGGGGGCGCAGGAGGUGGGCGAGCGGCUGCAGCAGCGGCACGGGGAGCGGGACGUGGAGGCGGAGCGCUGGCGCGAGCGCGUGGCCCAGCUCCUGGAGCGCUGGCAGGCCGUGCUGGCCCAGGUCGAUGUGCGGCAGCGCGAGCUCGACCAGCUGGGCCGCCAGCUGCGUUACUACCGGGAGAGCGCGGGCCCGCUGGACGCCUGGCUGCAGGACGCCAAGCAGCGGCAGGAGCAGAUCCAGGCGGUGCCUCUGGCCAACAGCCGGGCUGUGCGGGAGCAGCUGCGGCAGGAGAAGGCGCUGCUGGAGGAGAUCGAGCGCCACGGGGAGAAGGUGGAGGAGUGCCAGAGGUUCGCCAGGCAGUACAUCAACGCCAUCAAGGACUACGAGCUCCAGCUGGUCACCUACAAGGCACAGCUUGAGCCGGUGGCCUCUCCGGCCAAGAAAGCCAAGGUCCAGUCAGGCGCUGAGAGCGUCAUCCAGGAGUACGUGGACCUGCGCACGCGCUACAGCGAGCUGACCACCCUGACGAGCCAGUACAUCAAGUUCAUCAGUGAGACGCUGCGUCGCAUGGAGGAGGAGGAGAGGCUGGCCGAGCAGCAGCGGGCAGAGGAGCGGGAGCGCCUGGCGGAGGUGGAGGCCGCGCUGGAGAAGCAGCGGCAAUUGGCAGAGACGCACGCACAGGCGAAGGCACAGGCAGAGCGGGAGGCGCAGGAGCUGCAGCGGCGCAUGAAGGAGGAGGUGGUGCGGCGAGAAGAGGCGGCGGUGGACGCGCAGCAGCAGAAGCGCAGCAUUCAGGAGGAGCUGCAGCACCUGCGGCAGAGCUCAGAGGCCGAGAUCCAGGCCAAGGCCCGGCAGGCGGAGGAGGCCGAACGCAGCCGGCUGCGCAUCGAGGAGGAGAUCCGCGUGGUACGCCUGCAGCUGGAAACCACUGAGCGCCAGCGCAGUGGGGCUGAGGGCGAGCUGCAGGCCCUGCGUGCGCGGGCAGAGGAGGCGGAGGCGCAGAAGAGGCAGGCGCAGGAGGAGGCGGAGCGCUUGCGGCGGCAGGUGCAGGAGGAGACCCAGCGGAAGCGGCAGGCGGAGGCAGAGCUGGCCUUGCGCGUGAAGGCAGAGGCCGAGGCUGCUCGGGAGAAGCAGCGGGCUCUGCAGGCGCUGGAGGAGCUGCGGCUGCAGGCAGAGGAAGCGGACCGGCGCCUGCGGCAGGCGGAGGCUGAGCGGGCCCGUCAGGUGCAGGUGGCCCUGGAGACGGCGCAGCGCAGCGCGGCAGUGGAGCUGCAGAGCAAACGCGCCUCCUUCGCGGAGAAGACGGCGCAGCUGGAGCGCACCCUGCAGGAAGAGCACGUGACUGUGACGCAGCUGCGGGAGGAAGCGGAGCGGCGCGCACAGCAGCAGGCGGAGGCCGAGCGCGCCCGGGAGGAGGCGGAGCGGGAGCUGGAGCGCUGGCAGCUGAAGGCCAAUGAGGCGCUGCGGCUGCGGCUGCAAGCCGAGGAGGUGGCGCAGCAGAAGAGCCUGGCGCAGGCCGAGGCCGAGAAGCAGAAGGAGGAGGCGGAGCGUGAGGCUAGGCGGCGUGGCAAGGCAGAGGAGCAGGCGGUGCGGCAGCGGGAGCUGGCUGAGCAGGAGCUAGAAAAGCAGCGGCAGCUGGCGGAGGGCACUGCGCAGCAGCGCCUGGCCGCAGAGCAGGAGCUUAUCCGCCUGCGGGCAGAGACAGAGCAGGGGGAGCAGCAGCGGCAGCUGCUAGAGGAGGAGCUAGGGCGGCUGCAGCGCGAGGCAGCGGAAGCCACGCAAAAGCGCCAGGAACUGGAGGCUGAGCUGGCCAAGGUGCGGGCGGAAAUGGAGGUGCUGUUGGCCAGCAAGGCACGGGCGGAGGAGGAGUCACGCUCCACCAGCGAGAAGUCCAAGCAGAGGCUGGAAGCCGAGGCCAGUCGGUUCCGCGAGCUGGCAGAAGAGGCUGCCCGCCUGCGCGCCCUGGCUGAGGAGGCCAAGCGGCAGCGGCAGCUGGCGGAGGAGGAUGCGGCACGGCAGCGGGCCGAGGCGGAGCGGGUGCUUGCCGAGAAGUUGGCUGCCAUCAGCGAGGCUACACGGCUCAAGACAGAGGCAGAGAUCGCGCUGAAGGAGAAGGAGGCAGAGAAUGAGCGCCUGCGACGGCUGGCGGAAGACGAGGCCUUCCAGCGGCGGCGGCUGGAGGAGCAGGCGGCCCAGCACAAGGCUGACAUCGAGGAACGGCUGGCCCAGCUGCGCAAGGCAUCAGAGAGCGAGCUGGAGCGGCAGAAGGGGCUGGUGGAGGACACGCUGCGGCAGCGGCGGCAGGUGGAGGAGGAGAUCCUGUCCCUGAAGGCGAGCUUUGAGCGGGCGGCCGCGGGCAAGGCUGAGUUGGAGCUGGAGCUGACGCGCAUCCGCAGCAACGCGGAGGACACGCUGCGCAGCAAGGAGCAGGCGGAGUUGGAGGCCACGCGGCAGCGGCAGCUGGCGGCGGAGGAGGAGCAGCGGCGCCGGGAGGCGGAAGAGCGUGUGCAGAAGAGCCUGGCGGCGGAGGAGGAGGCAGCACGGCAGCGCAAGGCGGCGCUGGAGGAGGUGGAGCGGCUCAAGGCCAAGGUGGAGGAGGCUCGGCGCUUGCGCGAGCGAGCGGAGCAAGAGUCAGCUCGGCAGCUGCAGCUGGCCCAGGACGCAGCACAGAAGCGGCUGCAAGCCGAGGAGAAGGCGCACGCGUUCGCAGUGCAGCAGAAGGAGCAGGAGUUGCAGCAGACGCUGCAGCAGGAGCAGAGUAUGCUGGAGCGGCUGCGCGGCGAGGCGGAGGCGGCGCGCCGGGCGGCGGAGGAGGCGGAGGAGGCCCGGGAGCAGGCUGAGCGGGAGGCGGCGCAGUCCCGGCGGCAGGUCGACGAGGCGGAGCGACUGAAGCAGCUGGCGGAGGAGCAGGCGCAGGCCCGUGCGCAGGCGCAGGCUGCCGCGGAGAAGCUGCGCAAGGACGCCGAGCAGGAGGCGGCGCGGCGAGCGCAGGCAGAGCAGGCAGCCCUGCGACAGAAGCAGGCGGCCGACGCGGAGAUGGAGAAGCACAAGAAGUUUGCGGAGCAGACGCUGCGGCAGAAGGCGCAGGUGGAGCAGGAGUUGACGACUCUGAGGCUGCAGCUGGAGGAGACUGACCACCAGAAAAGCAUCUUGGACGAGGAGCUGCAGCGGCUGAAGGCGGAGGUGACAGAGGCUGCCCGGCAGCGCAGCCAGGUGGAGGAGGAGCUGUUCUCUGUGCGCGUGCAGAUGGAGGAGCUGGGCAAACUCAAGGCGCGUAUUGAGGCGGAGAACCGUGCGCUCAUCUUGCGCGACAAGGACAACACGCAGCGCUUCUUGGAGGAAGAGGCGGAAAAGAUGAAGCAGGUGGCCGAGGAGGCCGCGCGGCUGAGUGUGGCUGCCCAGGAGGCAGCCCGGCUUCGGCAGCUGGCGGAAGAGGACCUGGCACAGCAGCGGGCACUGGCCGAGAAGAUGCUCAAGGAAAAGAUGCAGGCAGUGCAGGAGGCCACGCGGCUCAAGGCAGAGGCGGAGCUGCUGCAGCAGCAGAAGGAGCUUGCGCAGGAGCAGGCCCGCCGGCUGCAAGAGGACAAGGAGCAGAUGGAGCAGCAGCUGGCGCAGGAGACACAGGGCUUCCAGCGCACCCUGGAGGCAGAGCGGGCGCGGCAGCUAGAGAUGAGCGCGGAGGCCGAGCGGCUGAAGCUGCGUGUGGCAGAGAUGAGCCGGGCCCAGGCCCGAGCGGAGGAGGACGCCCAGCGCUUCCGGAAGCAGGCGGAGGAGAUAGGGGAGAAGUUGCACCGCACAGAGCUCGCCACACAGGAGAAGGUGACGCUGGUGCAGACGCUGGAGAUCCAGCGGCAGCAGAGCGACCAAGAUGCUGAGCGCCUGCGAGAAGCCAUUGCUGAGCUGGAGCGUGAGAAGGAGAAGCUCAAGCAGGAAGCCAAGUUACUACAGCUCAAGUCGGAGGAGAUGCAGACGGUGCAGCAGGAGCAGCUGUUGCAGGAGACGCAAGCCCUGCAGCAGACCUUCCUCUCUGAGAAGGACAGCCUGCUGCAGCGGGAGCGCCUCAUAGAGCAAGAGAAGGCCAAGCUGGAGCAGCUGUUCCAGGAUGAGGUGGCCAAGGCGCAGAAGCUGCGUGAGGAGCAGCAGCGACAGCAGCAGCAGAUGGAGCAGGAGAAGCAGCAGCUGGUGGCCAGCAUGGAGGAGGCUCGCCGGCGGCAGCGGGAAGCCGAGGAGGGCGUGCGGCGCAAGCAGGAAGAGCUGCAGCGGCUGGAGCAGCAGCGGCAGGCGCAGGAGAAGCUGCUGGCCGAGGAGAACCAGAGGCUGCGUGACAGGCUGCAGCGGCUGGAGGAGGAGCACCGGGCCGCGCUAGCACACUCGGAGGAGAUUGCGGCCUCGCAGGCUGCGGCCAACAAAGCCCUGCCCAAUGGCCGCGAUGCGCCCGACGGCCCAGCCCCAGAGGCGGAGCCUGAGUACGCCUUUGAUGGCUUGCGGCGGAAGGUGCCGGCCCAGCGGCUGCAGGAAGUGGGGGUCCUGAGUUCAGAGGAGCUGCAGCGGCUGGCACAGGGCCGCACCACGGUGGCCGAGCUGGCGCAGCGGGAGGACGUGCGCCGCUACCUGCAGGGCCGCAGCCCCAUUGCGGGGCUGCUGCUGAAGCCAACCAAUGAGAAGCUGAGUGUGUACACUGCCCUGCAGAGGCAGCUGCUAAGCCCGGGCACAGCGCUCAUCCUGCUCGAGGCCCAGGCAGCCUCGGGCUUCCUCUUGGACCCCGUGCGCAAUCGGCGGCUGACUGUCAACGAGGCUGUGAAGGAGGGUGUGGUGGGCCCCGAGCUGCACCACAAGCUGCUCUCGGCCGAGCGCGCAGUCACCGGCUACAAGGACCCCUACACCGGGGAGCAGAUCUCCCUCUUCCAGGCCAUGAAGAAGGGCCUGAUCGUGCGGGACCACGGCAUCCGCCUGCUGGAGGCCCAGAUCGCCACGGGCGGCAUCAUCGACCCCGUGCACAGCCACCGCCUGCCCGUGCACGUGGCCUACCAGCGCGGCUUCUUCGACGAGGAGAUGAACCGCGUCCUGGCCGACCCGAGCGACGACACCAAGGGCUUCUUCGACCCCAACACGCACGAGAACCUCACCUACCUGCAGCUGCUGGAGCGCUGCGUGGAGGACCCUGAGACAGGCCUGUGCCUCCUGCCACUCACAGAUCAGGCUGCCAAGGGUGGUGAGCUAGUCUACACCGAUUCAGAGGCCCGGGACGUGUUUGAGAAAGCCACCGUGUCUGCACCAUUUGGUAAGUUCCAGGGCAGAACCGUGACCAUCUGGGAGCUCAUCAAUUCCGAGUACUUCACGGCAGAGCAGCGGCGGGACCUGCUGCGCCAGUUCCGCACGGGCAAGGUCACCGUGGAGAAGAUCAUCAAGAUCGUCAUCACCGUGGUCGAGGAGCAUGAGCAGAAGGGGCAGCUCUGCUUCGAGGGCCUGCGUGCCCUGGUGCCCGCCGCCACGCUGCUGGAGAGCGGCGUCAUCAACCGUGACCUCUUCCAGCAGCUGCAGCGGGGCGAGCGCUCCGUGCGAGAAGUUGCUGAGGUGGACGCUGUGCGGCGCGCCCUGCGCGGCACCAAUGUCAUCGCGGGCGUGUGGGUGGAGGAGACAGGGCAGAAGCUGAGCAUCUAUGAGGCCCUGAAGAAAGACUUGCUGCAGCCAGAGGUAGCGGUGGCCCUGCUGGAGGCCCAGGCCGGCACCGGGCAUGUCAUCGACCCUGCCACAAGCGCCCGGCUGACUGUGGACGAGGCCGUGCGUGCUGGUCUGGUGGGGCCCGAGCUGCACGAGAAGCUGCUGUCGGCUGAGAAGGCCGUGACGGGCUACAAGGACCCGUACUCGGGACAGACCGUCGCCCUGUUCCAGGCCCUGAAGAAGGGCCUCAUUCCCAGAGAGCAGGGUCUGCGUCUGCUGGAUGCCCAGUUGUCCACAGGUGGCAUCGUGGACCCCAGCAAGAGCCACCGCGUGCCUCUGGACGUUGCCUACACCCGGGGCUACCUGGACAAGGAGACCAACAAAGCCCUGUCGGCGCCAAGGGACGACGCCAAGACCUAUUUCGACCCCACGUCACGGGAGCCGGUCACCUACGGUCAGCUCCAGCAGCAGUGCCGGCCGGACCCGCUGACCGGGCUGAGCCUGCUGCCGCUCUCAGAGAAGGCCGCCCGGGCCAGGCAGGAGGAGGUUUACUCUGAGCUUCAGGCCCGUGAGGCCUUCCAGAAGGCCACGGUCGAGGUCCCUGUGGGCAGCUUCCAGGGCAGGACAGUGACCAUCUGGGAGCUCAUCAGCUCCGAGUACUUCACGGAGGAGCAGCGGUUGGAGCUGCUGCGCCAGUUCCGCACGGGCAAGGUCACCGUGGAGAAGAUCAUCAAGAUCCUCAUCACCAUCGUGGAAGAGGUGGAGACCACGCGGCAGCAGAGGCUCUCCUUCAGCGGUCUCCGCGCCCCGGUGCCGGCCAGUGAACUCCUGGCCUCUGGAGUCCUCAACAAGACCCAGUUUGAGCAGCUCAAGGAUGGCAAGACGUCAGUUAAGGACCUGUCAGAGGUGGACUCCGUGCGGACGCUUCUCCGGGGCAGCGGCUGCCUCGCUGGAAUCUACCUGGAGGACUCCAGGGAGAAGGUGACAAUCUAUGAGGCCAUGCGGCGUGGCCUACUCAGGCCCAGCACGGCCACACUCCUGCUGGAGGCCCAGGCAGCCACUGGCUUCCUGGUGGACCCAGUGCGGAACCAGCGACUGUACGUCCAUGAGGCAGUGAAGGCGGGCGUCGUGGGCCCCGAGCUGCACGAGAAGCUGCUGUCGGCAGAGAAGGCCGUGACGGGCUACAAGGACCCGUACUCGGGCAGUACCAUCUCCCUCUUCCAGGCCAUGAAGAAGGGCCUGGUCCUCAGGGACCACGGCAUCCGCCUGCUGGAGGCCCAGAUCGCCACGGGCGGCAUCAUCGACCCCGUGCACAGCCACCGCCUGCCCGUGCACGUGGCCUACCAGCGCGGCUUCUUCGACGAGGAGAUGAACCGCGUCCUGGCCGACCCGAGCGACGACACCAAGGGCUUCUUCGACCCCAACACGCACGAGAACCUCACCUACCUGCAGCUGCUGGAGCGCUGCGUGGAGGACCCCGAGACCGGCCUGCGCCUGCUGCCGCUGAAGGGGGCGGAGAAGGAGGUGGUGGAGACUACGCAGGUGUACACGGAGGAGGAGACUCGGAGGGCGUUUGAGGAGACACAGAUUGACGUCCCUGGCGGUGGCAGCCAGGGCAGCUCCACCAUGUCCUUGUGGGAGGUGAUGCAGUCGGACCUGGUCCCCAAGGAGCAGCGGGAGCAACUGAUGGCUGACUUCAAGGCGGGUCGGGUGACCAAGGAACGCAUGAUCAUCAUCAUCAUUGAGAUCAUCGAGAAGACUGAGAUCAUCCGCCAGCAGAACCUGACUUCCUAUGACUAUGUGCGCCGCCGCCUCACUGCCGAGGACCUGUACGAGGCGAAGGUCAUCUCCCGCGAGACAUACAACCUGCUCCGGGAGGGCACCAAGAGCCUCCGUGAGGUGCUCGAGGCAGAGUCCGCCUGGCGCUACCUGUACGGCACAGGCUGUGUGGCUGGCGUCUACCUUCCCGGCUCCAAGCAGACGCUGAGCAUCUACCAGGCUCUCAAGAAGGGGCUGCUAAACGCCGAGGUGGCCCGCUUGCUGCUGGAGGCCCAGGCGGCCACGGGCUUCAUGCUGGACCCAGUGAAGGGUGAACGGCUGACAGUGGACGAGGCUGUGCGGAAAGGCCUCGUGGGACCCGAGCUGCACGACCGGCUGCUGUCAGCAGAGCGGGCUGUCACCGGCUACCGCGACCCCUACACAGAGCAGACCAUCUCGCUCUUCCAGGCCAUGAAGAAGGACCUGAUCCCCGCGGACGAGGCCCUGCGGCUGCUGGACGCCCAGCUGGCCACGGGCGGCAUUGUGGACCCGCGCCUGGGCUUCCACCUGCCGCUGGAGGUGGCCUACCAGCGCGGCUACCUCAACAGGGACACGCACGACCAGCUGUCAGAGCCCAGCGAGGUGCGCAGCUACAUGGACCCCUCCACGGACGAGCGCCUCAGCUACACACAGCUGCUCCGGCGGUGCCGCCGUGACGAGAGCACCGGCCAGCUGCUCCUGCCGCUCUCAGACACCCGCAAGCUGACGUUCCGCGGGCUGCGUAAGCAGAUCACGGUGGAGGAGCUGGUGCGCUCGCAGGUCAUGGACGAGGCCACCGCACGGCAGCUUCAGGAGGGCCUGGCUUCCGUGGAGGAGGUCACCAAGACCCUGCAGAAGUUCCUCGAGGGCACUAGCUGCAUCGCUGGUGUGUUCGUCGAUGCCACCAAGGAGCGGCUGUCUGUGUACCAAGCCAUGAAGAAGGGCAUCAUCCGCCCGGGCACAGCCUUCGAGCUCCUGGAGGCGCAGGCGGCCACUGGCUAUGUCAUCGACCCCAUCAAGGGGCUCAAGCUGACCGUGGAGGAGGCUGUGCGCAUGGGCAUCGUCGGCCCCGAGUUCAAGGACAAGCUGCUGUCGGCCGAGCGCGCGGUCACCGGUUACAAGGACCCCUACUCCGGGAAGCUCAUCUCCCUCUUCCAGGCCAUGAAGAAGGGCCUGAUCCUGAAGGACCAUGGCAUCCGCCUGCUGGAGGCCCAGAUCGCCACAGGCGGCAUCAUCGACCCCGAGGAGAGCCACCGGCUGCCCGUGGAGAUGGCCUACAAACGCGGCCUCUUUGACGAGGAGAUGAAUGAGAUCCUGGCCGACCCCUCGGAUGACACCAAGGGCUUCUUCGACCCCAACACGGAGGAGAACCUCACCUAUCUGCAGCUGAUGGAGCGCUGCGUCACGGACCCCCAGACGGGGCUGUGCCUCCUGCCGCUGAAGGAGAAGAAGCGAGAGCGGAAGACGUCCUCCAAGUCGUCCGUGCGCAAGCGCCGUGUGGUGAUCGUGGACCCUGAGACCGGCAAGGAGAUGUCGGUGUACGAGGCCUACCGCAAGGGCCUCAUCGACCACCAGACGUACCUGGAGCUGUCGGAGCAGGAGUGUGAGUGGGAGGAGAUCACCAUCUCCUCCUCGGACGGCGUGGUCAAGUCCAUGAUCAUCGACCGCCGCUCUGGCCGCCAGUACGACAUCGACGAGGCCAUCACCAAGAACCUCAUCGACCGCUCUGUGCUGGACCAGUACCGCGCCGGCACGCUGUCCAUCACCGAGUUUGCCGACAUGCUCUCGGGCAACGCCAGCGGCUUCCGCUCUCGCUCGUCCUCCGUAGGGUCCUCCUCCUCCUAUCCCAUCAGCCCGGCCGUCUCCAGGACCCAGCUGACCUCCUGGUCCGACCCCACCGAGGAGACGGGCCCUGUGGCCGGCAUCCUGGACACGGAGACGCUGGAGAAGGUGUCCAUCACGGAGGCCAUGCACCGAAACCUGGUGGACAACAUCACGGGGCAGCGGUUGCUGGAGGCGCAGGCCUGCACCGGGGGCAUCAUCGACCCCAGCACCGGCGAACGCUUCCCUGUCACCGACGCUGUCGACAAGGGCCUGGUGGACAAGAUCAUGGUGGAUCGCAUCAACCUGGCCCAGAAGGCCUUCAGUGGCUUCGAGGACCCGCGCACCAAGACCAAGAUGUCGGCCGCCCAGGCCCUGAAGAAGGGCUGGCUCUACUACGAGGCAGGCCAGCGCUUCCUGGAGGUGCAGUACCUGACCGGCGGCCUGAUCGAGCCCGACACGCCGGGCCGUGUGCCCCUUGAUGACGCCCUGCAGCGCGGCACGGUGGACGCCCGCACUGCCCAGAAGCUGCGUGACGUGAACACGUACUCCAAGUACCUCACCUGCCCCAAGACCAAGCUCAAGAUCUCCUACAAGGACGCGCUGGACCGCAGCAUGGUGGAGGAGGGCACCGGGCUGCGGCUGCUGGAGGCCUCUGCCCAGUCCAGCAAAGGCUACUACAGCCCCUACAGCGUCAGCGGCUCCGGCUCCACAGCCGGCUCCCGCACCGGCUCGCGCACUGGCUCCCGGGCUGGCUCCCGCCGCGGCAGCUUCGACGCCACUGGCUCCAGCUUCUCCAUGACCUUCUCCUCUUCCUCCUACUCCUCCUCAGGCUACGGCCGCCGCUUUGCCUCAGGGCAUCCGACCUCCCCGGGGGGCCCCGAGUCUGCCAAGGCCUAAUGCCCGCCUGCCCCUUGCCCUUCCGCUCUGCAUGUGGCCAGGCUCCCCACCCAGUCGCUGGGUCUGUCUGUCUUUCUUUAAUGUUUAAAGGUGUCUUCCUCCUAAGCGGUGCCUAAAUUUUAACCAAAAAGACCAGACUAAUAUAUUAAUAUGUGUGCUGUCCAGACAGCCUGUGUCUCGGGGGAGAGGGCUGGUCCAGCUCCACUGACCACCUCACCCCCUGGUCCUUCCUCCUCUCUACCUGCCACUCACCACAGCCAGGUGCCUUGGAGGUCCAGAGCCGGGCCCCCAACCCAGCCCUUCCAUCUCCCCAGGGAGGGUUCUAUCUAGGCCAGGCCUCCCCACCCCGUAGGCUGGCCCCCCCAGAUCCCGCUGCUCUGGGCAGCGGGGCACCCGUCCCGAGCAGGGCCCUCAGGGGCCAGCAUUCCCUCAUCUGUUUCCAGGACUGACCUGCUGGCUCAGUGGGCCUUGCAUGGAGGGAGGGGUCCUGGGUCAACCAUCUCUCCCUGCCUGCCCAGAGAAGCCCCUUCCCCAUGGGAAGAUGAGGGUCCAGUCUGCAGAACCAGCUGGCCCGGGCUCUGUUCCCCGCCUCCAGCCUCUAGCCCCUGACCCUUUUCCCUGAGACCCCAGACUUUGGCUUUUGCCUUUCAGCCUCAGCUCCUAGUAAGUGCCUUCUGUGUUCCCCUUACGCCCAGGCCCCGAGGACCCAGGCCGGGGUGGGAGACAGGCCCUCCGGGUGAAUCUGGGGCUGCCAGCCCUGGCUGGGGGUGCCUGGGGCUUCUGCAGGCUCUUUGCCCCCGUGGCCCCUCAAGCCUCUGAGGCCCAGCCUGGGGGGCCCACCUGCCUGCCUCUCCCAACGAGCCUUGGCCCUUUGUUGGGCCCGGGAAUGCUGGCUGGACUGCCCGCGGAGUCAGGCCGCCCUGCCCGGCGCCACCCCCGCCCCACCCAGCCCCGGCCUCGGAGGCUCCCCCGCCGCCCCGCCCCCCGCCUUCCCCCCACUGAGCUUUGCAUGUUCCACUAACCGGCCGGCGCGGGCGGGGGCUUCCCGUGGCCUCAGGGCGGAACACUAACCCGACCAUGGGCGGGCCUGCGGGGCCCCCUCAAUAAAAGCAAUUCCACUCC